GCGGUGGCGGUUGGGGCGGGCGGUGUGUGUCUGGAGCCCUCUCGGGUCUCUGUCCCGGUUCCCGGUCUCCCUUGUCCCGGGCGGGCAUGGCGGACGAGGGCGCGGUCACGGUCUGCGUGCGUGUGCGGCCGCUCAUCGCCAGAGAAAAUGCUUCAGGAGAUAAAGUGUCCCUGCAUUGGAAGAGCGAAAAUAAUACUGUUUCCGACGUGAAUGGUACCAAAAUAUUUAGUUACGAUCAUGUCUUUCACUCCAGUGACAACACUCAGCAGUUAUAUGAUGGUGUAGCUGUUCCAAUUAUACAGUCAGCUGUGCGAGGUUAUAAUGGCACAAUUUUUGCUUACGGACAGACUGCUUCAGGGAAGACUUACACAAUGAUGGGAAAUGAAGAUUCUGUGGGCAUUAUCCCUAAGGCAAUUCAACAUGUUUUCAAAAUUAUUUGUGAGAUCCCAGAUAGAGAAUUCUUGCUAAGAGUUUCUUACAUGGAAAUCUAUAAUGAAACCAUUACAGAUUUGCUUUGUGAUAGUAGGAAAAAGAAGCCUUUGGGAAUUCGUGAGGACAUUAAUAGGAAUACAUAUGUAGAAGAUCUGAUUGAAGAAGUAGUGGUUGCCCCAGAACAAGUUAUGGAAUGGAUAAGAAAAGGAGAAAGAAAUCGUCAUUAUGGAGAAACAAAAAUGAAUGAACACAGCAGCCGUUCUCACACAAUCUUCAGAAUGAUCAUUGAAAGCAGAGAACGAAGUGACCCUGCAAAUGCAAACUGUGAUGGAGCAGUCAUGGUUUCUCACUUGAACUUGGUAGAUCUGGCAGGCAGUGAAAGAGCUAGUCAAACAGGAUCUGAAGGUGUCCGAUUGAAAGAAGGCUGCAAUAUAAAUCGGAAUUUGUUCAUUCUGGGUCAAGUUAUCAAAAAACUUUGUGAUGACCCUUCUGGCUUCAUAAAUUACAGAGACAGCAAACUGACUCGAAUUCUGCAGAACUCCCUUGGAGGAAAUGCUAAAACUGUUAUUAUUUGUACAAUUACUCCAGUUUCUUUUGAUGAAACACUCAGUACUCUUCAGUUUGCCAAUACAGCCAAAGGAAUGAAGAAUACACCAAAAGUCAAUGAAGUACUUGAUGAUAAUGCCCUCCUGAAGAGAUACCGAAAAGAAAUUGUGGACUUGAAAAAGCAGCUGGAGGAAGUGUCUGUAAAGACUCAAAUUCAUGCAAUGGAAAAGGACCAAUUGGCCCAGCUGCUGGAAGAAAAAAAUUCUCUGCAGAAAGUACAGGAAGACAAGAUACGAAAUUUAACCGAGAUGCUGGUGACCGCUGCUUCCUUUGCCUCAAAAGACAAUGUUAAAACCAAGAGAAGAAGAAGAGUUACUUGGGCUCCUGGUAAAAUAAAACAGACAAAUGUGAGCUAUUUUGAAGACUUCGAAAAAGACAUGCCGACUGAAACAAAAAAAAAGAAAAUGUCUCUGUCAGCAUUACCAGAUGCAGACGAUUCUAUGUUAGAUAAUUCUGAAUGUGACAACCAAUCUCUGAUGGUUCCUGAUCAAAUUUCAGAAGUAGAAUGGAUCGCUGGACCUAAAAUGACUUGGACUCAAAAAGACUUUGAAGAAUCUGUGCAACUCUGUGAAGCAAUAGCAUUUGAAAAGGAUAUUGCUGUAAAUAAGGCCAGCAUCCUGCAAGCUAACCUGGAUAACCUAGUGUUGGAAAAUGAGCAGUUGAAAUUAGAAAUAAAUGAAAUAAAGGAGAAACUGAAGGAAAAAAAAGAAAUAGAUGAAUUUGAAGCACUGGAAAAACAAACACAAAAAGAUCAUGAGAUACAACUAAUGCAUGAAAUUACCAACUUAAAGAAUCUAGUUUCAAAUUCUGAAGCAUACAAUGAGGAACUUCAGGCAGAAAACAAUUCCAAAUCGGAACAGCUGAAAGAGAAAGACAACAAAAUAAAGAUAUUACAGAAUCUUGUGGAAGAAUUACAAAAAGCAAGAGUGGAAAAAGAGAUAUCUUUUUCAGUGGGAGAUUCUGAUAAGCUAGUUGAGGAAAUUCAGCAGCUGAAUAAAUCCCUCUUAGAUAGUGAAGCCAUAGCCUUGGAUGCCAAAAAAGAAUCUGCUUUUCUCAGAACUGAAAAUUUGGAGCUGAAGGAGAAGAUGAAUGAACUCUUAAAUAAUCACAACCAAAUGCAGAAGGAUGUUCAAUUAUAUCAAAGCCAAAUAGAAGCGGGAAAAGCCAGUUACCGAAAAAUGCAAGCUGACUUGCAGAGAGAGUUGCAAUCUGUAUUUCAAGAAAACUUAAGACUAACUUCACUCCUGGAGGGCAAAGUUCCAAAAGAUUUGCUCACUCCUAUGGAACUGGAAAAAAAGGCAGCUGACUUAAAAGGAGAACUAGAAGAAACUUUGAAAGAGAAUGCACUUCUACAAAAACAAGUAAACGAGCUAUCAGAAUUUCAGUCUCUGCCAAAUACUGUGGAGAUGCAGAAGAAAGAGAUUCUUGAAAAAUGUGAGGAGUUACGUUUAUUAAAAUUGGAAAAUGAAAAGCUGCUUUCUGAAGUAGCUGAUAAUGAAAUUAAACUUAAACACAUGACUGAAGAAAUUGAAAAAUCAAAAGACGAUCUAGCAGAUGCACAACUGAAAUAUAUGAAGUCUGAUCAAGAAUAUGUGGCACUUAAACAGCUCCAUGAAGAAAUGGAACAAAAAUACAUAGCUACAUCAGAAAAUAAUGAAAAAAUGAAGCUCCAAAUAGAAUGUCUUUCUAAAGAAACACAAGAGUCCAAAACAACUUUGGAUGAAAUUAAAUUAGAGCUCUCGAGCAAAAUGAAAGAACUGGAAGAAAAAACAGCAGAACAAAAACAACUUCUUGAGCUAAGAGAAGAUUUUAUUCAGACUCAGCAGAAGUUAAAUGAAAUGGAGCAAUUAAAAGAGGAAGAAAGGAUGAAUGAAUUGAGACUGGAAGCUAAAGAUUCAGAGAUCCAGGCAGUUCUUCAGCAGCUAACUGAAUGUCAGGAAGAAAUAAAAACUCUAACCCAGGAAAAAGAUUACCUGAAGCAAAAAGCAGAGUCUCUCCAAGCUGAGACAGACCAACUCAAAGAGGAUAUAAAGGACACUGUUUCAAUGAACAUCUUGGCACAUGAAGAACUGAGAAAUACGCAGAGUUCUCUCAAGCAAUCCCAGGCCACUGUCAAGAAGUUGGAAAAAUAUAUUUCUGAAAACGAAUCUCAUGUUUUGAGUGUUGAAGAGGCACUAGGAAAGACCAUUAAAGAACUCGAAACACAGAUUUCACAAAUGACAGAAGAAAUGAAAAUCAUCAAAUCAGAAAGAGAUCAGCUUGCUGAGGAAAAAUCAGAAAGUCAUAGCUGUAUAGAAAGUGAUCAGCUUCAGGAGCAAAAGGAACAAAUCAUUUUCCUUACACAAGAGAACCGCUCAUUGCAAGAGAAGUUGGACAGUUUACAUCUGAAAAAAGAAGAGGUUGGGGAAGGAACUUGGGUACCACAGGUCCAAGAAAAAUCUCUUGAGCAAGAGUUACUUGUUCUGAGGGAAAAGCUCAGCCAGGCACAAAGGCAAUUGCAUGAAAUGGAGGAAGCGAAGGCCAGUGAAUGCAGAGGAGAAUCUGAUAAAAUGGGGAGAAGAGAUUUUAUUCCAAAACUGCAUGACUGUCAGGAAGUGAGCACCCAGACAGAAAGAGAAGAGGAUGAUCUUAAAAUGCAACUGGAAAAUCUCCAGAACGAGAGAGACCAACUAAGAGAAACUGUACAGGAGACAAUAAGAAAGAAUUCAGAGAUGCAGAAAGAGUUGCAGUGUACUCACAGAUCUCUUGGACAACAUCAGGAGACUAUUGUGGAGCUGAAAGACAACAUUUCAGAGAAAGAAAAUCAACUCUCGAAAGCGCAAGAGGCAUUGAAGGAAAAAACUGAUGAACUGCAGCAGAAGCUCACUGAAGUAACUGAAAGGCUGACUCAUGUCUCAUCUGAAUAUGGCAAGCUACUGGCAGAAAAAGAACAAAUUGAAAGGACAAUGAAUGAGCAAGUUUGUCAGCAGCUUGAGAAAAUCACUGUACUUAGUAAGGAGAAAGAUGAGCUGCAACAAAUGGUGGAGACUUGUAAAGAAAGAGAAGAACAUUUGUUAAAGGUCCAGAGACGGUCAGAGAUUUUGGAGGACAGCCUUACAAGCAAGAUUCAACAGUUAACUGACACACUAAAUAGUGUAUCAUGUGAAAAAGACCAGUUAUUAGCUGAAAGGACUAGUCACUCUUUCCAACUUAGAGAACAAAUUGCAUCAGUUAAUCAAGAAAAAGAUGAGCUACAAAAACUUCUUCAGGACGUCAGGACUGAGCGGGACCAGCUCAAGACAGAAUUGCAAAGAAAUUGUGAGAUGUGUGUUGAAACAAAUGCAAAACUGGAACGUGCUUUAGACCAACUGAAGCAGAGAAACCUGAAUGAUAUGUCCAUUCAGGUAAACCCAGGGGUUAUUGCAGAGCAGGUGGCUGAUGACAACCUGAAGGAAAAAAGCUUGAACAUUAAGGAACUUCUUGAGAAAUUUUCAAAUAUGGGGAAGAGGUGUGAAUGCCUCUCUACAGUGUCUCUUAAGCUGAAGAGUGAACUGAAUAGUCAGAAAGCGCUGAUAGCUGUGAUACUGCCUCAGCUUUCCUUGGUACAGAGUAAACGAGUCAAAAGACUUCAAACUGAAAAUGAGAAACUAAACGGUCAUCUCCAGAGUUUAUUGAACAAACUGAAGUUUAUGUUCAGUCGUGUUUGCACAAAGAAAAGAGACUAUCAUACCACUGUUAACAAGUAUAAAAUGGAAUUGCUUGAGGAAAAGAGAAGACAAGAUCAUCUACAAGCCGAGAUUCAGUAUCUCAGGAAGAUUCAUUUGAACCAGAAUGAAAUACCGUCUCAAGAAUUAAACAUCAGUGAAGGGCUGCAGAGUUUCCACUUGGAUGCAGAGAGCAUUCUCAAAGAUGUAUCAGAAAUGGAAAGUGAACUUCUCUGUAUAGAGGCAGAGUUACAGCAGCAAGAAAGUGCUAGAAAAGAAACAGUACAGUUCUGGGAAGCUUGUUCAGGAACUCACUGUAAUGCAGAGGAACUGGAAGAAGAGUUAAAGAAAGAUACUGAAAGACUUUUGCAAGUCAUUAACUUCUGGACUCCUAAAGUAAAGAUGCUCCUUCAGCUUUCUUCAGAACUGGAUGCCAGAACCUCCAAUGACAGUAAAAAUGCUGAUGUUGAAUUGAAGCAGAGAAAAGAGAAAAAUGAAAAGUUGCUUCAGGAUCUAAACACUCUAAAAGAAAAACUGGCCCCUGAUAGCUCUGCCAGUCUCAUGUUAAAAGAAGAAAACUAUAGACUUCAUAAUAAAUUAAAGGCUGCAGAACAAGAUGUAAAGGCUAUGGAAGUAAAAAUUCAGAAGUUGGAAAAUGUAAUAAAUGAAGUAGGAGAAAAUGUCAAAGAGAAAGAUGACAGAAUAAACAAGUUACAAGCACAGAUAAGUAUAAAAACAGAGACAAGUGAGCUCACCCAACUGCAAGCCAAACUGAAUGAGAUGGAUAAGUGCCUCAGGACUGCCUUAACAGAGAAUCAGAGUCUUCAGGCAAAAUUAGAUAAAGGUUCUGAGUUGUACAAAGAAGAAAUUGAUCAUCUCAAAACACAAUUGGUAAAAUGUGAUAUGGAAAGAAUGAAACAAUCCAACCUUUUUGAAAUGAAACUUGCUAAUUAUAAAGCUCUGUCAGAACACCGAGAACAAGAGUUAACAAGGCUAAAAGAAGAACUUAGAAGAGCACACCAAGACCAAGAUGUUACUGUGCUGAAAGAAGCAGCUUCUCAGCAAUCCCAAAUACCCCUUACUUGUGGUGGUGGCAGUGGUAUUGUGCAGAGCACACAAAUACUCGUGCUAAAAUCUGAGCAAGCUAAGAUACAGAAAGAAAACUUGCACCUGAAGAAACAAAAUGACCUUCUACUAAGUAAUGAGCGUCAGCUGAAAGAGGAACUCAGGAAAUGGAAAGAAAGAGCACUAAAAUGGAGAGAACGAUCCUUAAGAGAAAAUACUCGAGAGACAAUACCACAGUCUCCAAAAAAGACAGUCUCAUAUUUCUUCAAAGAACAAAUGCUUUCGCCCUCCAAGGAACCUAUUUCUCAGGAGAUUGUGACUCAGGACCUAUCAAAACCUCUGCCACUGAGUUGUCCAACAAAUUUCUUUGAUAAUUCCAGCUUUGGUAUGCUAACAGAUACAUGUCCUGCGGCCACACAGUCCACAGAAGAACAUCUUAAGCACUUGUUUGGGACUUCGGACAAAGAUAAGGCCCCUGAUUGUAGCACCCAGUAAAGGUGCUGUAUUGGAAGCUGCCUUUGCGGUGGCUACAGCCAGAAUCUGCAUAUACAAAAGAUAAUUGCUUCUGGUUAAAAGCCAUCAGCCUCUUCCAUCCUUGCUGUCUUGGAGUUGCUACUUCCCACGAUUGAGAAACUGGAAUUUGAGGUCAAAAAUGGAAAAGUAGUCAUGAUGUCCACAACCUGCUUAUCUGAUGAUGUUCUACUUUGGUGUUUUGAUGUUCUGGGGGGUUUUGAUGGCAAAGAAAGAAAAGAUACUAUAUUGAAGAAAAAAAUGGAAAUGGAUCAUAAACUAACCUACUGUGAAAGUUCUCAGUCUUAAACUUUUCAUUCUGUCAUUCCUAAAACAGCCCUCUUCUGGACGGUUGAUAUUUGUAUCUUCUGACUGCUGUUGACUUGGAAAGAAAUAUUCUUUUUGUUUCUCAGCAUGUGGUUUUUAUACCAUGCUUUCUCUAAGUCCCCAGAAACUGCAUUUUCACUACAAUCUGCAACUGAAGUUACUAAUUUUCUGUUUAUAGAGCACACAAUCAGGGUUCCUCUUAAACUCCUUAGAAUGUUUCUGCAGCUCAGCCAAUUAUGAUACCCAGAGUAACUUUGAAUUUUGGACCAUCUUUCAAUAUAUCUGUUUGAAGUUAUGUAUUGGAGGUUUUUUUUUCAAUAGUAAGCAAUGGACAUAAUGCUCUUCUGCUACUCUUGUGAAUUAAAUGUAGACCAGAUCAUUCGGGCAAGAUGGACUCUCUUACUAGCCUACGUAUCUGUGUUGUGAGAAUGUUUUUAUGUAUGUUUUAUAUAAGAAAGUUUGACAAUAAACUUUCAUGUGUUAAGUAUUUAAAAUU